AUGCUCGGAGAUCAACUAGAGAUGAACAACUGCAAAGUGCAUCAUGCUCCAGGGGAUGCUGAUUUGCUAAUUGUACAAAAAUCAGUGGAGUCUGCCACAAUGUCGACCACUAUCCUGGUUGAUGAUGACACAGACCUUCUUAUCCUGUUGUGCUAUCACUCAAGCUUGCACUCUCACAGAGUGUUUUUCCGACCAGAGCCAAAGAACAGCACAAAGAAACCGCGCGUGUGGAACAUCCAGGUUGUCAAGGAACAGCCAGGCCCUGAAAUAUGCACUCACAUGCUCUUUCUGCAUGCUAUCCUUGGAUGUGAUACAACCUCCCACCUGUAUGGCAUUGGAAAAGGAACUUCCCUUAAGAAGUUCAAAUCAAGUACACACUUUCGAGAGCAAGCUAAGGUGUUCGAUGCACAGUCAGCUUUCCCUGAAGAUGUUGUUGUUGCAGGAGAGCAAGCAUUGGUUUGUUUGUACAAUGGAAAACCUGCAGAAAGACUUGAUUCGCUGCGUUAUACGCGUUUCUGCGAGAAGGUGGCUACUAAAACAUCUCAUAUUCAACCACAGACUCUGCCAUCUACUUCAGCAUCAGCAAAGUACCACAGUCUCCAUGUAUACUUUCAGAUACAACAAUGGAAAGGUUCUGGUGUUGUACUUACGCCAGUAGAAUGGGGGUGGAGAGAGAGUGAAGAAGGACUUAAGCCAGUCCAGACUGACUUGCCUCCAGCUCCUGAUGAGCUCCUACGUAUGAUAAGGUGUAAUUGUCAGACUGAUUGCAGUACAUUAAGGUGUACAUGCAAGAAGCACAAUGUGAAAUGCUCCCCUGCCUGUGGCAACUGCAAAGGAUCUGACCGUAUAAACUCAGACUGGCUGACAUAUGAAGAAGGUGUUGAUGUUGAUGAUCAUAAUGAUGAUGAUGAAGAAGAAGACAAUAACAAUGAUUGAAUACAUAAUAAUUAUUGACUAUAGUAACUAUUACAUCUCAUAAAUCUUCCAUCUACUUAUUAUACUAUAGCCUUUACAAUUAAGUAGUUGAAAAAACACAGAAAGUUUAAACUAAUUUACAAUUCUACUAAAACAUUGGUAUAUAUACAAUAAAAGAUGGUGUAGAAUCGGCAAUGAGUAUGUUAGCAGAUGACCACUUUUUUGACACUUUCCCCUGCAGAUAUUCCUAAAGACUUUUAGUAUGUUAUAGAGGACACUUUUCUGUAUACAAAACACUUGAAAAAGUUUGUAUUGCAAUUAGUUUAAGGUUGACUCAAAAUUUGUCACAAAAUGCUUGUACUAUUGCAUAGCCUGUGGAGAUAGAGAACAGCUGAUCAUGAAAAUGGAAGUGUCGUAACAAAUUGGGAAAGGUGGGCGUACUCUAGGCGUAGAAUGACAGUCAGGCUAGCAGCCAAACAGCAUUCUCAUGAAGAAUUUCAUUCAGAGUUAUAUAUCCCAUUCAACAAUAUCCCACUCAGAAAAGUUAGCAAGGAUCCAGUAUUCCAAAGUCUAGCUAGCAGCGAAUCUCCCGUUCAGAAUCAUAUAUCCGGGCAAAAUCAAGGAAGUCACGGGCAGUUACUUGCUCACCCGUAUACGGCUUAAAUUCGAAUCUUGCUCUUCUCGUGUUUUUGGUAGAAAUCGACACUUUCCGUGUGGCGCUCAGUGCUGGAACGUUUAGGUCGGAUUCGGUGCAAAUGCAAUGAGAGUUUGGAGAGAAACGCGAGCUGUAAAAAACAGCUUCAGUCGGCAAGAAAUCGCUGAUUGCUAGAAGCGUUGCAAAGGACGGCAACGUGUAAAGUCCACAUGGUAUCGGUAU